AGGUGUCCAUCUCCAUCCGGCGGCAAUGAGCUCCAUCGGCACUGGGUACGACUUGUACACUACAAGUUACUCGCCAGAUGGGAGAGUGUUUCAGGUAGAAUAUGCUGGGAAAGCUGUGGAGAGUAGUGGCACUGCUGUAGGCGUCCGCUGCAAGGAUGGGGUUGUGUUGGGUUUCGAAAAGUUGGUCAUCUCGAAGAUGCUGGUUGAGGGUUCUAGCCGAAGAUUGUUGACCGUCGACGAUCAUGUUGGCAUGGCUGUGUCUGGUUUGCUGGCAGAUGGAAGACAACUUGUGAACAGGGCGCGCGAUGAAGCUGCCUCAUACAAGGAGUUCUAUGGAGAGCCCAUCCCAGGAAAAGUUCUAGCGGAGAGAGUAGCUGGAUUUGUGCAUGCGUACACAAUGUACUGGUCUGUGAGACCCUUCGGAGCUUCGGUGUUGAUCGGCGGAGUGGACAAGGAUGGACCCUUCCUCUGGAUGAUUGAGCCCUCGGGGUUGACCUACAACUACUUUGGUUGCGCGAUCGGCAAGGGGAAGCAGCCGGCAAAGGUGGAGAUGGAGAAGAUCAAGUUGAACGAGACGACAUGCAGAGAAGUGCUCAAGGAGGUCGCCAGGAUCAUCCACUCAGUCCACGAUGACGUCAAGGAUAAGGACUUCGAGCUUGAGUUGAGCUGGAUAUGUGAGGAAUCGGGAUGGAAGCACAAGAUGGUUCCCAAGGAGCUUGCUCAGCAAGCUGAGGAGGAGGCGAAGAAAGCGCUGGAGGAGGACAUGGACGACGAGUGAAACUUUUAAUCUGAGAGGUGGAAUAGACUUCCUUGACUUGC